AUGCUGGCGCUCUCCUCCCGUCUUCACCCAAUGUCCAUGGUUACCAGCGCACCUUCCAUAGCGCUACAGCUCUCCGCUCGAACCGAUAUACCAUCAGGAGGUCCCGCUUCAGGAGAAGAAACACCACUUUUGAAGAUAACGCUUGGGCCAUUGCGAAUCCUUGAAUCAACUCUCCCGCGAGAGUAUACAAUCGGUCGAGCUAAUACGAAUGAUAUUGUUCUCGGGGGCAAGUACUCCCGUCUGACUAGCAGGGAGCACUGCAAGCUCAUCUGGGACGGUAACGGAUUGAGUAUCCUUGAUCUACACUCCACGAACGGAACUUGGAUCAAUACUCGACGCCUCGCUGAUGAUGAAGUGUAUCUUUUGCACGACAGCGAUAAAGUGACAUUCACCCCGGUUCCACUUGACGAUCGAACCCCGGCGGACGAUCCCGGAGGUUGUACGUUUUUCGAGAGCAGACUUGGUGGGCGACAUGCGCUACAAUGUCUGUAUACGGAGCAUACCCUGAGUACGCUCGAAACGAAGAUGUCAUCUGUAGGGGCAGCCGUUAGGCGAUCCCUGGACGAACUCGUCCGUAUACGCAGGGCUAUUUCGCCCCUUGACGCGAGAACGCAAGGACACGCCAACCCUGCAGUUGACACAUCGCGAACAUAUCGCGGCUCUUUAGACCGACCACAGCGACCAGAGACUCCCGUCUACGGUGGUCCGCUACCACUCCAUGACGACCCAGAACAGCGCGAGAGAUUGAGGAUGCGCCCGGGGGGGCUCUGGUCCGGUCCCGAAGACCCGAACGGUCUUCCGGCUGAUCAUCCUGAUCUGAUAUGGCGCCGCGGGGUACGCUACAAACAUACGCCUGGCGUCUGUCCACCUCCGCUCGAGAUGCGCCAGUGGUCAGAACUCUAUAGUCUCCCUGUGGGCCUGCACGACGAGUGGUCGAUGAUCUCGCCCAUCGCUUAUGGAGGAUUCCGACAUUUGACCGAUGCAGAGCGUACACGGCUUAUCCCAUACGUACGCGACACCUACCCCGACUACGUCUUCCCGGAGAAAAUGCUAUCAGACACGAAGCCACCCUCUGACGUUGGCCUAGUGGAUGCCGACACCGCACCGGUCGCGUCAGUAGACGUUCCUACGCCUCCUUCGGUCACCAGGUCUGACCACCUUUAUGCUGCCAACUCCUCACUUAUCCCGCCAUGGCAAUUCCGAGAGGAUGUUCCACCGGUUUUGCACCCCUCGACCCCUUCAGUUCCUCAUGUGCGAAAGCGUCAUCGCUUGGACGAAAGUCUUGAUGACGAGCGGCCGAGUAAACGCAUUGCACUUGGGGCGAGGACCGAAGUCCGACCUCCAUCUCAACAUCCACUAAGAACACUCCGGGCGGACCCGGACAAAAUACCAUCGCCCCCUACCACCGAGACACGACAUUCUUCGAAGCCUUGCAAGCCUGGUCCCGACGAUCGCAGUCGCAACUCGCUCGUCGGGGAGACGAACGCAAGACCCGCUCGCCCCUCUCCCCCACCCUCUUCUCGGCACGGCGGCGCCGACACAAGACCCGGCCCGUCCUCGCACGUCACCGCGAAUGCAACACCUGAGGCACCCCCCGUGCAACGAACGGCACUCUCUCCUUCGGCGGUGUCACCCACCAGCACCACCAUCCGGCCCAGUUUGAAGCGAUCUCGAAGACCGGACGAUGCUACGAUUGCUAGACCCGCAAAGCGCGUAGCGGUCUCGGCCACCCUCGGCGCUCAUCCGCGUAUACUGUCUUCGCCUCUCGGGGCGUCCCCUUGUCGGACCUCACCGCCAUCGGAACCGCAUGCGCUCUCGGCGCGCCCUGUCGCGACGACUCCGAGUUCCCACACUGCACCUGAUUCGGUCCCCCAAGUUCCAUCACCAAGUGCUCGGGCACGGACACUCAACUCAAUAGACGAGACACUCUGCAUACCCGACAUACCUGGUGCCGCCCAUGUUGCGAAAUCGCAUACACGCAAGCGAAAGCGCGAAGACGACGCCGACGCCGCGACGACCGAAGAGGCGCCUGCGAUACCGGUUACACAACCUGACGAUGCGCCGUCGCCUAUACCUCGACCUUCUGAUGGGUCUGACGAGCCUCAGCCUGACCUGACAUCUAGGAAGCAACGUCGCACCGCUCAAACAUCGGCCCCAAUCCGGCGUUCUCUACGCGUGCGAGAGAAAGCAAAGGUGACGAUCCGUAGCUGA